GUCACUCUUUUAUAAGGACAAAGGGAGGGAAGCUGUGCACACCUGCAUGCACUUGAUUGCAUAAUUAACUCAAUGCGUACUAUUUGAACGCCAUCACUGUCUACUUACUCGGUCUUUCUAGUUUGCCUAGAGCUACAGCUUUUUCGACAAAACUCCCAACACUGUUAAAGUUGACUGAUAAUUAAGCAACAUAGCCGGCUUAACGGCGUAUAAGGGGGUGAAGUGGCGCAGGAAGUCGCGCCGUUUGACUCCCACGGCGUGCAUGGCCGCUGGUAACAUGAUGCGGGUCCCCGAAGGCGAGCUGACUAGCGACAUCCUUUCGUGCAUGUACGGGGGCGCUGUGCUACCGCAGUACGCCAGCAUCAGGAAGUUCAGGCGGGGAAUCGACGGGAUCUAUGUGGACACCGAGGACUGGAAUGAUGGGUUAAAAAGGCGUCAGAUGGUGAACGAAAAGGAACGGCUCCGAAUCCGGAACCUGAACUGCAUGUUCUCCUGUCUGAAGCGAAUGGUGCCGUUAAUGCGGCGGGACCGCAAGCCCAGCAAGGUGGACAUUCUGAAGGCUGCCUCCGAGUACAUCCGCCUGCUCCUGUCCGUGUUGAGUGACACUCCUCCGGAGACGAUGUGUGUAGGACCCCAGUGUAUGUCUCAGGUGCUGGGUGCUGUUCCGGGACCCGAUCUGAUGGAUGGUGUGACCUUGUCAGUUCCCACUGGAGUUUCUGGGGAUGAUGUUGGGGAUGUUGGUGGGUUACUGUUUCAUCAGUGUGUGAUGCCCACAUACCAGUACGUCAUCCAGCUGACCCCAGAACAGGCAAUGAUGUUCCAGUCCUGUUAGGGAUGAAACAUGCAGGUGUUCAACCCGGAGACAAAAUGAGCACUUUCAGGUUUGCUUCAUUUCAGACCAUGACCAAAUGUGGUAAUGGAACGGCAAUACCCACUCAGCCGACGUUUGUUUAUGAAAGAUCUUUGUAAAUGCAGAUGCUCAAUUGUGGAAAUGUUUGUGUUUUAUACAGGGGUGUUGAAGAUUACUUUUUUUUUUUCUUUUGUGAAGACUUCCAUGGAUGAAUGUAUGUACACAUUACAUGUUGUGUGCAAGAUACUUCUGGUACAACAGCCCCUUGAAAUAAAAACUGAAAGCAUUGUA